AUGGUCAUGCCCAAAAAUAAAUUCUAUGUUGUUUUCCAUGGAAAAAAACCUGGGAUCUACAACAAUUGGCCAGAGUGUUUCGCUCAGGUAAAUGGUUUCAGUGGUAACCUGCACAAGUCCAACCAAAAUGACGUCGCGUUCAGCAUCGCCAACCACAUACUAUCCAACCACUCUGGCAACAACAACAUAGUGUUUUCGCCCUUAUCGCUCCACGUCGUGCUCAGCAUCAUCGCUGCUGCUUCCAAGGGUCCCACACGCGAUCAGAUUCUCUCCUUUCUCCGAUCGAAAUCCACCGACAAUCUCAACUCCUCCGUCUCUCAUCUUGUCACCAUCGUCCUCGCCGACGCCACUCCCGCCGGCGGCCCUCGCCUCUCUUUCGCCGAUGGUGUCUGGGUUGAUCACUCCCUUUCUCUCAACCCUUCCUUCAAACAACUCGUCAACAACGAUUAUAAGGCUGUUUUGGCUUCUGUUGAUUUCCAGACAAAGGCUGUUGAAGUGAGCAAGGAAGUUAAUUCUUGGGCUGAAAAGGAGACAAAUGGCCUCAUUAAGGAGGUCCUUCCAGCCGAGUCAGUUGACGGCUCAACUAGGCUCAUCUUUGCCAAUGCAAUAUACUUCAAAGGUGCAUGGACUGAGAAGUUUGAUGCACAAAUGACGAAGGACCACAACUUUCACCUUCUUGAUGGAAGCUCGGUUAAAGCCCCCUUCAUGGUCAGCAAGAAGAAACAGUUAAUUAGUGCUUUCGAUGGUUUCAAAGUGCUUGGCCUUCCUUACAAGCAGGGAGAAGAUAAGCGCCAGUUCUCCAUGUACUUGCUCCUUCCUGAUGCAACAGAUGGGUUGUCGGCUUUGGUUGAGAAGGUGAGUUCUGAACGCAGUUUCUUGGAACGCAAGCUUCCUCGUCAAAAAGUGGAAGUAGGUGACUUCAGGAUCCCAAAAUUCAAGAUUUCUUUUGGGUUAGAAACUUCGAUUGUAUUGAAGGAGCUAGGAGUGGUGUUGCCUUUCGAAGGUGGAGAUUUGACUGAAAUGGUGGAUUCUUCUGUGAGUCAAAAUCUGUAUGUGUCCAGCAUAUAUCAUAAGUCAUUUAUUGAAGUAAAUGAGGAAGGAACUGAAGCUGCAGCAGCCAGUGCCGUGACCAUAAAAUUGAGGAGUAUCCAAUUUCCAACCAAGAUAGACUUUGUAGCUGAUCACCCAUUCUUGUUCCUCAUCAGAGAAGAUCUGACUGGGACUGUCCUCUAUAUUGGGCAGGUGCUCAAUCCUCUUGCUAACUGAUGUUAGUAGUCACACGUGAGAGUGUGAGACAAACAUAUUACUACCUACUAGUGAUUAGAGGGUGUUUCGCCCUUGUUCUGCUGUCCUGUUUCUAUUAUGAUCCACAAAUUUGUGACCGUUUGACAUGUGAAUCUUGUAUGUAAAUUAGUAAUCAGAUAUACAAACGGGUGGUGUAAUUGUUUCA